ACUGCAUUUAUAUGAGACAAUUAUCUUUUCGCUCAUGCAACUACUUUUUAAACUGCUUCGUUUAACGUUGAAAUAAAUUCAACCUUUGCAUAGACGAAAUUCAAAGAAAUGAAACGCCUAAUAUUACGGAGCGAAGAUUACUGUAAUGUUUGCGAUCUGCUAAUUGGAGUAGGUGAGCGAAGAACUGAUAAGAUUACAGCGUGCGUCAAUAAUUCGAUCAGUUCUCUAUAUACACACCAGGGUGUUUCAUUUUUAGGCGAUAUUUUUUCUCUCUCUUUUCCUACCCGAAAAUCUGAUACUUCGUCGAAGAAAAGGAAUAUCCUUGUUGGAAAAAACAUUCCAAAUGCAUCAGUGGCUUUGCUCAUCCAAAAAUUCGAUAUCAAUCUAUGAUAUUAUACACGAAGACGUUUAGUUAGUUGUUCUGCGUGUUCACUCGUCUGUUCUCCGCAAACUUCACGUAGCUACGGUUUAAUAGCCUUAAAAUAAUCGUGGCACCAUCUAUUUUACGCGUGCUCCAAAAUUGUUCGUUAUGAAAUUGUCUCGAGAAAAAACAACCCGGUCGUAGAAGUAACGCGGUUAUAUGGGAUCAAGUCCGGGCAAAUGUUGCUGUCAGUUUUCUCGAUCAACAGGAACACAGCCGAGUUACAACAACCCACCCCAUCGACCCCGUACGCCUCAUUAUACCCCCGUCCAUCCACCACCGCGACAGGAUCGUCAGCCAUGUCCAAAUUUUCCCACCUAUCCGACUCACUGUCCGAACGAUCGAUUCCAAGAUAGUAAAAAACAUACACAUGGCUCGACGAUAUUCACCAGCAUUGUAAUAAUCGUGAUCAUCGCCUGCGUCUACUUUUACUAUCACUACGUGCUGCCCAGAGAUCCUUUCGGCAGCAACAGCCGCCCUCCUCUUCGCGGGGUUCAAACCACGACCGUUACCCACUCGACGCGAUCGUCCAGGGGAUAUGGCGCGCCUGUGGAUGAGGUCGACGAGGACGAAGACGACGAUGACACCGUCGCUGACGAUUCCUCCGGGUAUGUGAGCUUCGAUCCUUCCUCGCGAAACAGAUCCCAACUUCCAUCGUACAGAAUCCGAAAAGAUACGAGAGCGAACCAGUCGACGCAACCUUACGUCCGUUUCCCGCGAUUGACGAUCGAUUCCCCCACGAGAAGUCGGAGUUAUUCUUCGGAGGAUGAAAAUAUUUCCGAUCACACGAGUAGGACGAACCCGAACUCGAACAGUGCGAAUCGUUCGACGACUAGAAACUCUUCGACCUGAGGAGCGAUUUUUGGCCGAUCGGUUAUCGGCGUCGGACUUCGGCUUCCAAUUAAUCAACGGAUAUUAUCCAUUCUACGCGGAAUAAUUUGUGCAGCGGAAUGCUUUCUGAACUCUUCGAAUAACGUUCUCCCGAUCGCACUGGUCGCGAUGGUUUCUGUUGCAGUAUCUGGGUCAUCGCUCGCACGGGAAACUCACACGCAGCCAAUCACCCAGAUAACAUUUUCUGAACGUCGCUUUUCGAAUCCAAAUUAUGUGGGAAUGGACAAUUUCUUCGAAUGCUGAGGCGGCGAAUGAUUGCGUUCACUUA